AUGGUAUUCUAUUGGAAAGAACGGAAGGCCAACUUUGGAGCUAACCAUAACCCCAAAGAGGUGAACCCAUAUAUGAUCAAGAGGAUUGGACUGAAGAAUACGAAGAGGAACAUGUGGAUUACGAACAAUCUGCAGACGAUCAGACUGGACUCCUCGAAACAGGUGAGCAAGAAGACUGGACAUCGGAAUAUGUAG